ACCGAGUGACAUCUCUCGUGUUCAUUCUCGUUAUCACCAAGCAUGGCGGCGACCGUGGCAGUGAAGGAUGUUAACACUUUUCUCAGCCAAAAGCAAAAUGCUGCCGACAAGGAGCUGGCCACGGAGUGGGCACAGCUCGAGGAACUGUACAGCAAACGGCUUUGGCAUCAGCUGACGUUGAAACUGGAAACUUUUGUGAAAAAUCCGGUGCUCCAGCAGGGAGAUAAUCUCGUACAGCUCUACGUCAACUUUCUGUCAACCUUUGAGAACAAAAUAAAUCCAUUGUCGCUUGUGGAGAUAUUGGCACAUGUUAUACAGCAGUUCCAAGAUAAGCAAGAGGCAAUUAAAUUCUUGGAGAAAACAGAGACAAAAGUCCAAAGCAACAAUGAAGCUAUCGCCCUAUGUAAGGUUCUCAAGGGGCAGAUUUUAUUGGAUAAACUGAACAACCAGGAGCAAGCAAAGAAGAUCAUAGAGGAAGUAGAAGCUAUGCUUGAUAAUGCUGAUGGUGUUACCACUGUCCAUGGACGGUUUUAUCUUCUUGCCAGCCGGUUAUAUAGAUUGCAGGGCAAACACGCAGAAUAUUAUCGUACAGCAUUAAGAUAUCUAGGUUGCAUCGAAUUGAGCAGUUUGAGCAGACAAGAGCAAGAACAACAUGCCUUCUUUCUUGGGCUUGCGGCGCUUUUGGGCGAAGGCGUUUAUAAUCUUGGAGAAUUACUAGCACAUCCGGUCCUGGAGUCAUUAAAAGGAACACCAAACAAUUGGCUCGUCGAUUUGUUGCAAGCCUUCAACGCCGGUGAUAUCGUCGCGUUGGAAAGACUAAAGCCACAAUGGAGCAAAGUGGCUGAUCUAGCAGCACAGGAAUUAAAAUUGAGGCAGAAGAUUUCAUUGCUGUGUCUUAUGGAAAUGACCUUUAAGCGGCAAGCCAACAAUCGACAACUAACGUUUGCUGAGAUCUCUCAGGAGACGCGUCUACCUCUUGGCGAAGUGGAAUUGCUAGUGAUGAAAGCUCUUGCUCAGGGUCUCGUGCGAGGUGCUAUAGAUCAAGUGGCCGGUACCGUCAAUAUGACGUGGGUACAACCGCGCGUUCUAGAUCGCAGUCAAAUCGCCGGAAUGGUGCAACGCCUCGAUGGAUGGUGCAAGGACGUAAGCUCGAUGGAGAAACUCUUGGAGUCAAGGGCCUCUGAAAUCCUCACUCUCUGAGAAUAUAGGCCCUUUUCAACUUGCUCGUUGUGUCAACAGAAUGUUGAUUCUCGCAUAUUCGCUAAAUUCAAUUUUUUAAUAUGUCAAUAAAUGAGAACAAUUAUUUCUCA